UCCACAACCUCUCCGCACCCGCCCGCAUGGCCACCCGGCUCGGCUCGGCAACAUCCCUCACGCCUAUUGGUCGAGCGCGGCCUGCCCAUCCAAAGGGGAGAGGGUUGUUACCGGAGACGCCGCCGUCUUCGGGCUGUCGGCGGUUGGUGGGCGGGCAGCCGAGAGCCCGCGUCCAGGCCGAGAUGUCGCAGUGCCAGACCUGGGAGGAGUUCAGCCGCGCGGCCGAGAAGCUCUACCUUGCGGACCCGAGGAAAGCACGGGUGGUUCUCAAAUAUAGGCACCCUGAUGGGAAUUUGUGUAUUAAAGUAACAGAUGAUUUAGUUUGUUUGGUGUACAGAACAGAUCAAGCUCAAGAUGUGAAGAAGAUUGAGAAGUUCCACAGUCAGCUGAUGCGAUUUAGGGUAGCCAAGGCGUCCCGCAGUGUUACUAUGGAAACAGACUGACAGUAUGAAAUGAAGAUUGUUUGUAGGAAGUAAAUAUCUUUUGAAAUUGAGAAAGCAUUGGGACAGAAAAUACUUUAUGUGAAGUGGGCUAUUCAAAAGCCAAGAGGUCAUUUUUUUGUAUUUCCUUUUUUUUUUUGGUACCAGGGAUCAAACUCAGGACCUUGUGCUUGCGAGGCAGGCACCGGAACCACUGAGAUAAAUCCCCAGCCUGUAUUUUCUUUUUAAUGUUUAUCUUAGAGCUGUGGAAUAUAAGUGCUUUCAGUUAGAGAACUAUCAUUUAUUUUUUGGAAAUUGAACAAGAAAUGCAUCUAUCUUAGAAACUUGCAGAAACUAACUGAUGUUGGGCAGAAUGAUGUAUAAGUAUUUCUCUGGUAAAUAUGUGUCAGUAAUUUUAGAAUGAAAUACGAAGAAGAGCCAGUUCUUAAAUUUAGUUCAUCUGCCUUUAAGAGAAAAUUAAAUGUAAUCAUUUUAGUGGAUUGUUAUAUUUCUUUGGAGCAUAAACUUGCACUGUUGAUAACCAAUAAAUAUAUAUGAUAAAUGGAAUUAACUGAAAAAAGAAAGAAAGAAAGAAAGAAAGAAAGAAAGAAAGAAAGAAAGAAAGAAAGAAAAUGUCUGGAAGCUUAAAUUUGGCAAAAGAUGUAAAACAGGUUCAGAAAGCUCAAUGAGCCUAAAAACAGCGUAAUCUCAACUCCAUGCUCAGACACAUCAUAACCUGCUGAAAACUAAAACAAAUUUUAAAACUUUGAAAACAGCCCAAGAGAAACAGUGCAUUACAUUAAGUGGACAAAAUAAAAGAUCAUAGGUUUCUUAUUAGAAACCCUGGAUCCAGGAAAGCAAAGAAAAAACAUUUUAAAUUCUUGGAAGAAAAAAAAUACUGCCAGCCUAGAAUUCUACAUCAGUUAAAAUAUCCUUCAAGGCCGGGGAUUUAGCUCAGUGGUUCCAGCACCUGCUGUGCAAGAGCAAGGUCCUGAGUUCGAUCUCUGGUACCAAAAAAAAAAAAAACAACUCUUCAAGGUUGAUGUGGUGGCACAUUCUUGUAAUCCCAGCACUUGGGAGGCUGAGGCAGGAGGAAUACCCUGAGUUUGAGGUCAGCCUGGGCAACAUAGUGAGACCCUGUCUCAAACAAACAAACAAAAACAAUAGGGAAAGAUACACAGUACAAGAGAAAAGCCAAUGAAAGAAUGCUGAGGUGGCUAUGUUAACAUCAUACCAAGUCAGGCCAGAGAUUUAGCCCACUGGUUCCACACCCUGCUUCGCAAGUGCAAAGUCCCGAGUUCAAUCCCCAGUACCAAAAAAAAAAAACAAAACUAAAGAAAACAUCAUACCAAGUAGACUACAGAACAAAGGAAAUAACCAGCAAUAAAGCGGGGCAUUAUAAACCAGGCAUGAUGGCAUACCUGCUAUCCCAGCACUUGGGAGACCCAGGCAGCAGGACUGCAAGUUUGACCCCAGCCUGAACAACUCAGUGAGGCCAUGUCUCAAAAUGUGGCUCAGUGUAAAAGCCCCAGGUCCAAUCCCGUUAUACACACCAAAAAUAAAAAUUGAUAGAGAUGAUGAGAUAAUAGGAAAAAAGGUAAUAAAACAGUAAGACUAACCCCAAAACUGGUUCUUUAAAAAGCUAAAUAUUGAUAGACCUCUUUCCAGACUGAUAUUUUAAAAGUGAGAAGGAAAAUGGGCAUGGUGAUGUGUGCCUGUGAUCCCAACACUUGGGAGGCUGAGGCAGGAUUGCCCUGAGUUCAAGGCCAGCCUGAACUACAUAGCAACACCCUAUCUCAAAAAUGUAAAAAGUGAGGAGGAACAAAUUACAGGUUGAGCAUUCCAAACUCUGAAAUCUGAAAUGCUCCAAAAUAUUUGACUUUCUGAAGAUUCUAUUUCUUACCUCCUAUGAUGAGUUGCAAUCAAAAUGCAGGGACCAGGGCCAGGGAUUUAGCUCAGCCACCUGCUGCGCAAGCGCAAGGACCCUAGUUCAAUCCCCAGUACCAAAAAAGAAAAAUGCUGGGACCCUAAAAAUACCAAAGCCCAAAGCGUAAGACCAGCUUUGGGCUGUAUUUAUGAGGCUCAUGGGAAGCAUAAGUGAAUUCCACACUCAGACUUGGGUCCCCUCCCCAUGAUACCUCAUUAUGCACAUGUUCCAAAAUCUGAAAUCCAAGGCCAUAUCUGGUGCCAAGCAUUUUGGAUAAGGGGUACUCAGCCUGUACCAAGAAUGAAACAGGCUGUAACACUACACAGACAUUUAGAUGGAAACAUUGAACAUCCCUAUACAAUUAAAACCAACAACCUAGAUGAAGUCCAUUGUCUCCCUGAAAGCCAGAAACUACUAAAAUUAACCAAAGGAAAAGUGAAAAACCUAAACGAGCCUGUAUCAAUUAUAUCAGUUAAAGAAGUUGAAUUUAUAAUUUUAAAUGUUCUCCAAAAAGUAGGAUUUUUCUUCAUUUUUGAGGUGCUGGGGAGCCCAGGGCCCUGCAUCUGCUAAGCAUGCACUCUACUACUGAUCUACAUCUCUAAGUGAAACACUAUGAAAAAGGAAACUACAGGCCCUGGAAAAUUAAAUCAGAAGUAAAUAGAAGAAAAGGAAUGAUUGAUACGAACACAGACCUACAGAACAGAAAACAGGCAAUGGGAAAAAAA